AUGAAACAUCAGUACAACAAUCUAGUAACAGUUGGAGAAGACCUUUAUGCAGAUGUCGAUUUGAAGUCGACAUUCGGUGUGUUUCAAAUUAACCUGACUCUUACGUCACUGCAGUCAGGCGGACAAGGAGGAGCAGGUCUAAGCUUGAAUAGCAUAUCAAUUAUUGGAACUGGGAAUAGAUUUAUAUGUUCCUCCGUACACCAUGUCUUCUAUAGCAGAACAAAUGACUCUACAGUACAAAAUAUCGCAGAAGUUGUCGUUAAUGUAACUAACUUUGGGGAAGAAGGAACAACUAAUUGGUUAAGAUUGAGGUUCUCUGCAGUCCCAGUCCCCGGGUACACAAAGAUUGGCGAUAACCACACUAUAGAAAUCAACAGGAGUUCCCCCAGCGCUUUUUAUCAAUUUACUGUCAACGGUGAAACUUCAUUUGAUAAAGAUUUAGUGUACACAAUCGAGAUCUAUCACUUAGAGACAGCUGCAUGCAUUCUACAGAACCAGACCUUUGAAUUUUUAGUCAUAAUCACUACAGUAAGGAACAAAACUCCCGGUCCGGUGUUCAUUAACUUUCCUGUGGAUGACACCAUAUUCUCCGUACAAGAUUACAGAAUUAUACAUGUUGGAGAUAAUCUUUCGUAUCGUCUAAAUACUAUGCAUCUGGAUGGAUCACUUGAUCGAUUCAAAGUUUACUCUGACGGAACACUGGAUAAUGUAAGCAUUGAAUUUCCCCUAUUGAGUAACAAACAGGUUACCAUUGAUAAUGAGGGAGAUGCACUGACAAUAAGGGUGGUAGCCAGUGUCCGCCAGGAUAUACAACUGACUGGACCCUCUGUUGAAGAUUUUACUGUGAUGGUCAGAUCUCCUGGUCUGCUAAUGGACGCCGUGUCAUCACUCCAUCUUACCAUAAACAAAGCGACUUAUUUACCGAUGCUGCCAAUUGUUUAUGGUAUUGAAGUACUUAAAACAAACUUGAACAUGACUCGGUUCCCUAUGGAGUGUCAUGUAGAAUACACAAAAGGGGACACUGUUUCUUACGCAACCAAGUUAGAACGUGACAGUGAGAAUACAACUCAUGUAGUUUACAAGUUUGGAAGCAGACAACGUGGUCUAAAUUUCAGAUUUGCAGAAACUAUCCCUGGAAAUACAACUUGCUGUGUAAUGCAUCGAUUUCUAACUCUUGAUCUUGAAGAAAGUCUUCACUUUUUUAAUAAUAACAACUCACUAUUAUCUGAAAUAACAGUAGUGUUUGACAAUGAUAAUGAGACGUGCAUGCGACUUCCGGUUUCUGGACAAUAUCCACCAGUUUUAUGGAUGCGUAUAAAUUUUACAAAGUUAUGGGAAUUAAAAUCAUCACGUUUCAGAAUUAGCAUUUUAGGGGGAAAAAUAAUAUGUGAUAAACAUGGUGACCACUCCGUGUUAAAGGAAGCACAUUUUAAGUCACUUUGUCUACUAUCCAUGUCAUUUGCAGCAAGAGGUUUCCAUGGCGAAGUUUCGUAUUGUGUUCUUGUCAACAAGGUAUCUGGUCUGCUUUCAGAGUGCACCUAUCAGUGUCCUUGUGAAGGACCCCACUGUUCGGAAGUUGAUGUAUUGUUUGCCAGUAACAAUGCAUCAUACAACUGGACACUUUGCGAAUUAUCUGUAGAGAACUAUUAA